AUGUUAUUAGUGUCAAGUAUACGCGCAUUAUUUGGUGAUUCAAAUAAAAUUGUAAAGGCAUUGUCUCCAAAUGUUCGAACAUGUAGAACAAACUUUGAGUCAAGUGUGCACAAAAAGUUACAAACAAAGUUAAUUGCCAAUAAUUCGAAGUCGUUGUUAAGCAUAAGUUCUUUUUUUUCAACAAUUUCACCACAGUUAAAUAUAAUUGACGGUAGAACUUCUCAAGAAAAUCUUUGUAUACCUUUGGAACAUACAAUGGAAACAGAUGAAUAUACACUUAAUGUUGGCAGAGCAAUUCGUACAAUACGAACCGAAUUGCCAUUAUUUUUUGGAAAUGGUCUGUCUGACACUUCAAUCUAUUCGCCAAACAUUUUACUAACGGAUCCUCAUCAUACACGUCUUCACGUACGCGGGAAGCAUAUUUAUUUAGGCAUUGCUAACUUAUUGAGAUGGAGUCUAAUAUGGUAUUUUGAUGAUCUGACAUUAGAACUAAUUAAGCUUCACACCGUUGAAAAUAGCAUUGAUGAGGAUAGAUCAGAUCAAGAUAUUUAUUUUAAAGGCGUGAUAAAUGAUAAAUUUUUUACCCGGAUGAGAGGAAAUAUAAAGAAAUCAAAGGGUCAACAUAAAGGAUCAUAUUUUUCUACGUCUGUGUUACCACCAUCAGAUAGAAACACCCGACUUUAUAUUCGUUGGACACUUGAGGGCACGCCCAGGUCUUUCUAUCUUAUAUCAAUGUUUUCUUCUCGUGGAAUGCGAAUUCCACGAUCAACGUUUUCAGGUAUCUUUAUGUAUAAAUUUGACCCUAAAAGUGGAUUGGUUUUAGAACAUCAUGUAAAACAUAUUAUACCCGCACCCAGUCGUAAAGCGGUAUUAUAUCAUGGAUUCGGAGGGUUUGGAGGUUUAUUAUGGAGAAUCAGAAGUAGUAUGACAAAACAAAAAAAUGAAUGGGGAAUGGGUUUAGGAAUGGUUGGUGCCAAAACUCAUGAGACGGAAAAUAAGUUAAGUCAUGUUAGGUUAAAAACAAAAGAUAAAAAAAAUGAAUUUCAUGAUUAUCGAGAUGUUGCUUGCUUAUAA